AUGAAGCGCGACCGGUCGCCGGAGUGGAAAGUGGAGCAGAAGGGGAGGUUCACCGUCUACACGGAGGAGGUUCCCGGGAACGAGCGGAAGCGGAGUUGUGGCCCGCAGGAGGAGGAGUCUUCGCAGCGGGAGGCUACACCGGCUGAGCCUGCGUCGCGGCGGGCUGUGCCUGUGGUGGAGCAGCCGGUGCGACAGGAGAGUCCGUCGGCUUUGCAGCCGGUGCCGGAGGAGACGCGGCCGGUAGAGCAGCCAGGAGGCGGGAUCGUGAAGAAAGAAGUCCCCGAGGGAGACCGUCCGCUCCGCGAGCCUCCGCCUGGGGCGUGA